ACUUCCAUUUUCACAUCGUCUUUUUCUUGCGCUUCGCUAUCAAACCGUCAACCUGUCGCCCCUUCAAGAGCUUACUGCAGGUCCUCCUGCUGUCUCGCUGCCGGUCACCAUGGCCACUCACGUUCACGAUCCCAUUCCGAUUGAGGAAUUUGACUAUGAGGGUCUACCGCCCAAUUUUUCGCUCGGUGCAAAUAUGAUAGCUGGUGCUUUUGCGGGUAUCAUGGAACAUUCUGUCAUGUACCCCAUUGACUUGUUGAAGACACGAAUGCAGGUGGUCAAUCCUUCUCCGACCGCCGUCUACACCGGUCUCACCAAUGCGGUCGCCCAAAUUUCAAGACUUGAGGGAUUUCGGUCGCUUUGGAAGGGCAUUUCUAGUGUUGUAGUGGGCGCUGGCCCUGCGCAUGCCGUCUAUUUCGCCACUUAUGAGGCUGUCAAGCAUGCCAUGGGUGGUAACGAAGGCGAUGAACAUCAUCCAUUGGCCGCUGCGACGAGCGGUGCUUGCGCGACCAUUUCAUCAGAUGCUCUUAUGAACCCUUUUGAUGUCAUCAAACAACGCAUGCAGCUCCACGGCGCCGCAUAUCGCACCAUCGCUCAUUGCGCCAAGUCGGUCUAUAGGACAGAGGGUUUCAAGGCCUUUUAUGUUUCCUACCCCACCACCCUCUGCAUGACAGUGCCUUUCACCGCCGCCCAGUUCACCGCAUACGAGUCGUUGUCCAAGGUCAUGAACCCUUCAAAGGCUUACGAUCCGGUCACACACUGCGUGGCUGGUGGUUUGGCCGGUGGUUUCGCGGCCGGUAUCACGACGCCGCUCGACGUGAUCAAGACAUUGUUGCAAACAAAGGGAACGGCGACUGAUGUCGAGAUUCGAAAUGCCCGGGGUCUCUUUGAAGCCGCCGCCAUCAUCAAUCGCCGUGACGGAUUCCGAGGAUUCUUCCGAGGCUUGAAGCCCAGAAUCAUCACUACCAUGCCAAGCACGGCCAUUUGUUGGUCUGCAUACGAAAUGGCCAAGGCCUACUUCAUCCGUCAACAAGCCGAAAUAUAGUCUUUUCUAGAGGCUUUCUUUCGUUUGGGGCUGGCGCAUUUCCAUCUCUCAAUU